AGUUUAAUAAUAAAUAGCAGUUUUCUCGGGUCUUUUUAAAGGUUUUCAAAGUAGACACAUAGAAUGGAGAACAAAGCUUUGCUUCUAGCUUUCUGUGUUGCGACGCUCCUUAGAGCUGCUGAUUGUGGAAUAUUUCCGAAAGAACUGCCAAGAUGUAACUCUGGCGACAGUCAAUGCUUGCCUGGUGUAAUAACACAAGUCUUGCGAAGUGUAAAAGAUGGAAAUCCAGCUAUUAAUGUUCCAGCAUUUGAACCUUUAUAUGUCCCAGAAGUGAACAUUGUUCAAGGACCUGAAACAAGAAUUCCAAUCUCAAUGAAUUUCAAGGACGUGAAAAUGUAUGGAAUUUCGAAUGCAGUCAUCACAAAAGCAAUGGGAUUUGAAAGAGAUCCGAAAACGUCAAAGUUCGAGAUUCACGCAAGUAUUCCGAAACUCAUGAUGAUAUCAAAGUAUAAAGUUGAGGGUCGUGUGUUGAUUCUCCCAAUCAGUGGAAGUGGAAAAGCUAAUUUAACAUUAGACAAUGUCGAUGUCAAGUUCAAGUUCGCACCAACUGUGACAGAGAAAAAUGGAAAACAUUUCCUUCAAAUUCCACCAAACAAAGUGAAGCUUAUUUUUGAUAUAAGCCGACUUCAUCUCAAACUUGACAAUCUCUUCAAUGGAAACCAAGCACUUGGCGAAAAUAUGAAUCAAUUCUUGAAUGAAAAUUGGCAGCCGAUCUUCCAAGAGCUCAAACCAGCUGUCCGUCAAACUCUUAUUAAUCUCUUAGGUAUUGUCAUCAACAGUGUAUUUGAUAAACUUCCGUAUGAAGACAUGUUCCUUGAUACCGACAUUGAUUCCAUGUUGUGUGCAAAAUUUCCGAAUGACAUCAAAAAGUGUAAUUAUGGUGACUCGAAGUGCAUAAUUAAUUUUAUUAACGACAUCUUUGAAAAGAAUUACCAAGGACUGCCAGGAAUUGGUUUACCUUCGAUAGAUCCCAUCAGAAUAGAGAAAAUGGACUUAAUACAAGGUGAAAAAAGUCCUGUAAAUAUAGCUUUGCAUUUCAGGGACAUCACUUUUUCGGGACUUUCUAAAGCAAAAGUUUAUAAAGCUACUGGAUUCAGUCGUAACCCACAAGGAGACAAGAUUGACAUUCGAUUCAAAGCUCCUAAAAUUGCCAUUCAAGGUCCAUACAAAUCUAAAGGACGUGUCUUGCUUCUUCCAGUUUCCGGGAAUGGAUUUUGUAACAUGACGUUAGAAAACGUUGACUUUCACAUGAAGCUUUUGAUGAAAAGCGUCGAACGAAAUGGAAAAAUUUUCAUGCAAAUUGACAAGACGAAAUUUAAUUUUGAAACAACAAGAAUUUACUUUUACUUCACAAACCUGUUUAAUGGAAAUAAAGAGCUUGGUGAUAAUAUGAAUUCAUUUUUGAAUGAAAAUUGGAAGGAUAUUUUAAGAGAAAUGAAGGCAUCAAUUAUCGACGGAUUUGGAAGUGUAUUUAAAGCUAUAUUUAGUAAUGUAUUAAAUAACUUUCCCUACUCUGAAAUGUUCCUCAAUUAA